UUACUAGCAUCUCUUCUGCUGCUUCUUCUUGUCUUUUUGCGCGCCUUCGUCGUGACGCGGCCUCCUGGGCGUAGACAGAGACGACAAGUGGAUAGGAAGAUGACGAUGGACAGGCGGGACAGCUCCGUCGGACAACAGAGACGUGUGAUGGAUUUCUCCAUUCCUGAUUGGCCCCGGUCCGGCCAUCGACCCGCCGCAUACGACCCGUCCUUGUACAGUCAUCUUCCACUGCACGAACAACCGCUACCGCCGGAUCCGGAGGACGCCUGGGUUGAGGAUCUGUCGCACACACUUCCUCUGGGGAGUGGAUCUACGCAGGAGUGGACGAGCAGGCAGUGCCAGCAGAGGGAAGCAGGGACCACGCGCAAGUCGUUCACCGCAUUGUUGGAGGAGGGUGUCGACAACGCCGCCACGGAGCUUGUGGACUUGGAUUUCGGAUUGUGCAGUGGGAGUGGUGCAAGUGGUCCGAUCCACGACGGAGGGGUGGUGGGAUCGCCAACGUUGGGAGGAGGAUUGUUCCGUGUCGGUGGGCCGACGAAUGGGUGUCGUCUACCGGUCCCGAGUUCCAUGGGCGUCGGGCCACUUGGCGAGUCGUCAAGGGCAGUGACACCCAUCCGCCUGUCGGUGUCUUCGCCUACAAUGCGGCAGAGGGCGACCACAAGUGCUGCAAUCAAUGAUGGUACUCCACUUGAAGACAUCGGGAGGCAGGCGUGGGAGAACUGCCGCCUACAGAUGCGGCGUGCUGCCACGGAGAACAUAACCACCGGUGUGUCCAGGCUUCGUGUGGGGAGCGACGUGGAUGCGGACAACAGCCGUCGGGCGAGUGGGGACGAGUCUCCGGAUUCCCGUUACGAAGAGGACGCAGAAGACGGAUCGAGGGCUCCUGUGGGCGACAAGGGUGGCAAGCACCCAACUUGGAGUGUGGAGGAGAUGCUGAAGCUCGCUCGAGCGAAGCGGGAUCAGCAAGCUCAUUUCGAGGGAAUGCCACACAACUACGGCCGCAUGCGCAACAGGGAGUGGAAGCUGCUGGACCUGCAGAAGCGGCUGGCGGAGGUCGGAGUGGACAGGACAACAGACGACAUAGGGAAGAAGUGGGACAACGUCUUCCAGCAGUACAAGAAGGUGCAGCGUUACCAUAACAUGUUCGGCGGGAAGAACUUCUUCACAUUAACUCCUGCAACGAGAGCGGACGAGGGUUUCAACUUCCGAAUGGAUGAGCGAGUCUUCAAUGAGAUCGACAACAUGUCGAAAAAUAACAAGACCAUCUACCCGAACAACGUGGCAGGCACGAGUGCACGCGGAGGAGUGCCGCCAGCAAUGGAUGGUCACCGCCAGGCGGCCGUUGGUGGAGAGUCCUCUGCUGGUGAAGAGGGGGGUGAUGGCGUUGACGAAGAUGUGGGUUCAGCGUGGGAGAUGGGAUUCAGUGCAGGGAGCACGGGCACUCCAGCGAAGAGGAAGAACAUGCGGCAACAGACCUUCGACGCCAUCGCCGAAGUCAUGGACAAACACGGUUCAUUGAUGGCGGACACGGUAGAGGGUGCGAGCAAACGACAGUGUAGCAUCCUGGAGCGGCAGUGUGACAUCCUCGACCGGGAGGUUGAAGCCCAGAAGCGCCAGUGUGACAUACUGGAGAGGCAUUACACGRCGUYCGAUGAGGCGAACAAGAUGAUGUGMACGGCGUUGAUGGAGAUUGCCAGAGCGAUAAGGGAUAGAUCUUGACGCCGGUGGCGUGAGGUUUGUCAAGCCGUUGAAGUGGAUUCGCCCGCGAUCUGGCCCGUCGCGAAAUGUGGUGUCGG